CUUCCGGGUCAUUGUUAUGGCGUGCUGAACAACAUGUGAGUUAUUGAAUCUACAAACGGCGCUUUACUGUGAGCAAACUUCGCUGGACCACAGGUCGCAGCACCUAUUAUAUGUUAAAUUCACAUAAAACUGAAAAAGAAGACAUGGCAUCAACUGAGGAGGACUUCCCCCGAGGUGGGGCAGUUAAGAAGGCUCGUGGAAAUAAUAUAGACUUACAGGUUGAAGUGGACAACCUGUUCGAGUCUAAUGAAAAAGAAGAAUUUGAGCAAUGGAUGGGGGGUAUCAAAGAUAAGAAAUUCAAGAAGCAAAAGACUGCUGUGGCGAAAGGAGAUGGCCUGACUCUAAAUGCGGAUGCAGAGUGUGUGGAAAUACUACAUAGUAAGGAUGUAAAGGAAGGCAUGCUGAUGCUGGGUUGUGUGAAAGAUGUUUCAGACUUUGAGGUGACUGUUGGUCUCCCUUGUGGUCUACAAGGAUUCCUCAGCAUUAGAAACAUCUGCGACUCAUACACAAAGCUACUCACUGAGCAACUGGAUUCAACUGAUGAGGACAUUUGUGCUUUGUCACACCUCUUCUAUACUGGCAUGAUGUUGAGAUGUGUAGUUGCAAAGUUGGACACCACCAGAGGAGGCAAAAUGAGCAUCCAACUCUCAGUCAAUCCAAAACUCGUCAACAGCGCGCUCACAUCAAGUGCUCUGAAAGCUGACAUGGUGUUGAGUGGAUGUGUUGAGAGCCUUGAAGAUCAUGGCUGCAUAGUUGACAUUGGUGUCAAUGGAACCAAAGCCUUCCUGCCAAAGAAAGCUGACAAAGAUAAACAGAACAGUAUCAAUGAGCUGAAAGUGGGCCAGUAUUUGACUUGUCAAAUAAAAGAAGUGAAGAACGAUGGACGUGUAUUGCGACUCUGCGCCAAAUCCUUGGCUGUUGGCCGAGCUCUUGCUGAAUCCAAACAAGGAUGGACCUUGACUAACCUUCUUCCGGGACUUCUUGUUAAAGCAACAGUCAGAAAGGUGACCAGAAACGGACUGCUCAUGGACUUCCUGUCCUCCUUCCGUGGUCAGGUGGACAUACUUCACAUGGAGCAAGAGAUGGCUACUCAUUACAAUAAGGGAAGCAAUAUGCUGGCCCGUGUGCUGUAUCUGGAGCCAUCCACCCGCUUGGUCGGACUAAGCUUGCGUGACCACAUAGUCCAACCUGAAACUCGAAUGAAUACCAUUCCUGCCUGCGGUGACCGAGUCGGUGAGGUGGUGAAGGACUGCAAGAUAGCCUCUAUGCACGUCAUGUCUGGAGCUGUAUUGGAACUGCCUGACAAAACUCUCGCAUUUGUACAUAGGAAUAACCUGAAGGAGCUUAAUGAGCCAGCUAAUGAGAACAAAGUACUCGCCUUACCCAAGCACACUUGCAGGAUAAUUGAUUUCAGCCCCAUUGACCAAAUUCAUUUUGCUACUCUACGCAAGACUGUGAUUGAAAGAACCUUCUUUCGAUACUCUGAUCUUCAGGCUGGUCAGAUUGUAGAGGGGACAGUGUCUGUCCUGCUGAAUCGUGGCAUGGUGGUGCACUUGUCGAGCCACAUUCGAGGGCUGGUGCCUUCUACCCACCUAUCAGGCAUCGUCUUAAAGAACCCUGAGAAGAAGUAUGCAAAGGGCAUGAAAGUCAAAUGUCGGGUGCUCUCAGUGGACGUAGAUAACAAAAAGCUGUAUUUGACCCGAAAGAAGGCCCUCAUCGAAAGCUCCCUGCCAUUAUUCCUUAGCUAUGAUGAUGCUCGUCCUGGACGAGUGUCCCACGGUUACAUUGUCAGUGUCAAAAACUUUGGCUGCGUCGUUCGAUUCUACAACAAUGUUAAGGGCCUGGUGCCAGUCAAUGAACUCAGCUCUGAAGUAAUCGUCAACCCUGAGGACGUCUUCUAUGUUGGUCAGGUGUUGAGGGCAAGGGUUCUGCAGUGUGAUCCAGAGAAGGAAAAGAUGAUGCUGUCAUUUAAGCCUGCAGCGGAGGGCGACACAGAAGAAAUGGGAAAGGCCCAAUUUGGUUGUGAGAGAUUGGAGGCCAAGGUGCUAAAGAAGUCGGUCAAUGGUCUGGAAGUGUCCAUUACUCCCAAUGGGGUUCCUGCCCUCUUACCCACCAUGCACCUCUCAGAUCUUGUGUCCAACUGUUCUCUGCUGUGGGAGGCCCUGCAGGAGGGAGACACCAUUUCAAACCUCGUCUGCUUUCUCCAGAAUAAGAAUAAAAUUGCUGUCACCAAGAAGCCAAUGGUGAUCUGGUCACUGGAGGAAGGAGUGGCCGCUAAGGAAUUCUCAGAGAUCACAGUUGGAAUGCAGAUGUUUGGCUGGGUCAAGAACAUCAUGGCCUAUGGCGUCUUUGUCGAGUUCCCAUACGGCCUUAUUGGUCUUGCACCAAAGUCUGCCAUGUCUGAUAAGUUCAUUGCUGAUACAACAACCACCUUCCACGUGGGCCAGACGGUGGUUGCUAAGGUGACAAAUUUGGAUGAAGAGAAGAAGCGAUUCCUGGUCACACUGAAAAUUUCUGAAGUCACUUUGCCAGAAGGAUCUGCCCAGACUAGACUUAUUCAUGCUGUGCAAGAAAGACGAGCUGCGACUGAAAUGAUUGCCCUGAAAGAAGCCGGGGAUCUUUACCAGCAGCUUGCUGCUCUGUCUGUUGGCCAGAGGCUGAAGUUGGCUGUGGACACAGUGAAGGAUGGCGAUGGUUCCACCUUCAAGUCAGAUGAAUUGGUUGGUGCCACCAUACGGGCCAACAAAUACCAUUUGAUAGGGAUUCAGUUGACCCCAGGACAGAAGGUUACUGCAGUUGUUAUUUAUGUUGACAUCCUGUCUGCCACUGUCCAUGUGUCACUCCUUUCCAAGUUAGUUACCAAAAAGAAAACGCUUUCAGAAGAGAGCAAAUAUUCUGCAAUUUUGCAGCACAUUGACAAAGACUUAGCCAUCAUCUCUGUGGAAGACACUGCUCAGCUGACUUUUAUUCAAACUCAAAGCCACUUGAAUGAGGUCAUUCUACCAGAGUCGGUCAAGCUGAGGGAAGGAAUGCUUUUGACCGUUGAAGUCGUUGAACCCAGCUGCGAGCAACUGCAAGGGCUCCCUCUAUUGUCGUGGAAGCGUGCUGCACCCAAAAGAUUGCGAACCGUUUCAGAAAACCAAAUGGAUUCUGACACUGGUUACCGCUUCGGAGAAAUUGUGCAGGGGAAAGUACGGACAGUGAAGCCUACCAACAUUCAGGUUGAACUAGAGGAUGGAAGCACGGGCUUUGUGCACGUGUCUGAGGUGAUGGAGGCUACAGAGGUGUCACAAGGAUCCUUCCCCACGUCUUUUGUUAAAGUGGGCAGUGUUGUCACCGGCAGGGUCAUUGGAAGACGAGAAGUCAACAGUAACGGAUUAUUACCUAUUUCCCAGCCAAGAUUAACAUACACCUCACCUGAGCUAACACUAAUACCCAGCAAACUGGACAGGAAAAUGGAGCUCAAGUCGGUGACGGCUGCAGAGAAAUUGAGUAGUUACAAGGUUGGAGAGGAAAUUACAUGUUUUGUUUCAAAGUUCCAUCCAGAGAGGAAGAGUUUGGAGGUCACCUCUGACCUUUCCAUCACCGGGACAGUAGAACUGCUGGCUAUGAUUACAGACCUGAAAGAUUCCAGCCGUCUUGAAAAAUUGUACAAACUUGGCCAGGCUGUUAAGGCGAAAGUGGUCGAAAUGAGUCUCAAACCUCAGCGAUUCUUACUGUCACUCACAGGCAUUCAUGAACUGCAGACAGGCAGUAUCACUUUAGGAAUGGUGACAAGCAUACUGCCACACCUCGGCCUUGUGGUCAAACUCCCGUUUGGUUGCACAGGAACUGUGGCCAUCACUGAUCUCGCUGAUGCAUACAAGCCCAACCCGUUGGCUGCAUUUAGCAAGGAUCAGCUGCUGAGGUGUUACCUUCUAGGAUUUGAAAAUGACAAGUGGCAUUUAUCGCUACGACCAUCAAGGUUGAACCCACAGCAGGCCAAGCCAGCAAAAGACACAGAGGUUUUUUCCUUGAAAGAUCUGCAACAAGGCCAGUUAAUCAGAGGCUUUGUCAAGUCUAUCAGUGAGCAAGGGGUCUUUAUAAGGUUGUCAAACAGCAUCACUGGGAGAGCCGAGCUUCAGCGGUCCACCAAGUAUUUUGUGAACAACCACAAAGUCCUCUGUAAUCAUCUUCCACCCAGCACCCUGCUCACCACAAAGAUCAUCAGCAUCAACAGAAAAGAAAAGUUAGUUGAGUUGUCCCUGCUCACCGUGGACACUGGGAAGCCAGACAUCCUCCCAGAGUCCCUCCAUCUGCCACUACGUCUCGUGGGACAGGAGAAAAAGAAGUAUAACCUUGAAAAGAAAAAGAAACGCUCACUGUCUGAAAGUGAAGAGAAAAAUAAUGAGACGGAGCCCCCAAAGAAGAAGACGAAGAAGAAGAAGAAAACAAACCUUGUAGACAAUGACAGUGGGGUUGAUGUGUACUUCAGAGAGGAAGAGGAUCAGGAAGCCAAAGACACCAACCCGGUUGCUGUGAAUGUUUCCAGUUCAUCGGGCCCUUUCAGACUGCAGGUUGCAGCUGGGUUCUCCUGGGAUCUUGGCCUCAGCUCAUUGAAGCCUGCGACAGCAAACAUGCAUGCGGACUCAAGUGAUGGAGAGGACCAAGAUGAGCACAACAGCAAGUCUCAGAAGAAGUCUCGAUAUGAGCUGGAGCAGGAGAAAAAGGUGGCGGAGAAAGCCUUGACGCAGCGGGAGAUGGAGUUGAUGGACCCUCAACUCAGGCCCCAGGAUGCAGCAGCGUUUGAGCGUCUGCUCUUGGCUUCUCCCAACAGCUCGAUUCUCUGGCUCCAGUACAUGGCUCACCAUCUGCAGGCCACCCAGAUUGAGCAGGCUCGCGCUGUGGCAGAGAGGGCGCUGAAAACCAUUUCUUUCCGAGAGGAGCAGGAGAAACUGAACGUGUGGGUUGCCCUGCUAAACUUGGAAAAUAUGUACGGCACCCAGGAGAGCCUCAAGAAAGUUUUUGAGCGAGCCCUCCAGUUCUGUGAGCCCAUGCCUGUUUAUCAGCAACUGGCUGACAUCUACUCCAAAUCUGACAAGAUGAAGGAGGCCGAGAACUUGUAUAAGUCAAUGGUGAAGCGUUUCCGCCAAAACAAAGCGGUUUGGCUGAGCUAUGGUACCUUCCUGCUACAGCACGGCCAGAAUGAUGCUGCCAGUGCUCUCCUGCAAAGGGCACUUAAAAGUCUGCCAUCCAAAGAAAGCGUGGACGUGAUCACAAAGUUUGCCCAGCUGGAGUUUCGUUUUGGAAACACGGAAAAGGGUCGCACGAUGUUUGACAAAAUACUGACAAGCUACCCGAAACGCACUGACCUCUGGUCCAUUUUCAUCGACCUCAUGGUCAAGCAUGGAUCACAGAAGGAAGUCCGGGCCAUCUUUGAUCGUGUCAUCCACCUGAGUGUGUCAGUGAAGAAAAUCAAGUUCUUCUUCAAACGCUACCUGGAGUACGAGAAGAAGCAUGGCACACCACAAAGCAUCCAGGCUGUCAAAGAAAAGGCUGUGGAGUUUGUGGAAGGCAAAGGCAGUGAGGCUGCCAGCUAGAGACCAAAUGUACAAUCAUGCAUCUUGUAUAUGUUUGGUGUUGACGGCUACAUAAUGUGAAUAGUUUCUUAAUUGACAGUUGACAUUUUUACCGUUGAAAUAGAUUAUUGGAGCUAGAAGACUCAAGCCAACCUUUUGUAAAAUGUAUGUAUUCUUAUACCAACCUGAUCGGGCUCAAACUAGAAUUAAGAAUUGAAUUUACUCUUUUUAACUCUACUCUCUCUGAAUGAGUUUUGCCUGUGUUCAGAAAUGAAUUGUAGGAAAGCCUUGUUAAAGCAUUGCCACCACUCAAUAAAUUUACUACAUUCAUGACA